GCCUAAUCUGGGGCGGUGCGAUGGGAACAGGCAACCAUCAAUCUGCACCCCAACCUAUAUUGACGACGCCAGCCAUGACGACGACCUCCCAGGCAGUCGCUACAUCGCUCUAUUCUAUGUUAUCGCAUAUUCAACUCACAUAACGCAGUCGCGCUGCAGAAGCCCACUGCGACAAUAUCUAAGUUAAUGGUACCCAGAUCAGCUAUGGAAACAAUCAGCAGGCUGCCGCGGCGGCUAACCCAGCUAUACUCUGACACCAAGACACACUGCGACGCCGUCGUCGAGCAGGACAACCAGGACGCCCCAUCGAACGUCCUUCAUCGCAAACUCCGAAUACAAAAGGACAGGUUAAUAACAUGGGGCGUCGACUGGAGCGACAACGCCAAGGGAAAGAACGGCGACAUCGACGAGAGCGUGGAGCAGGCGGGCCUCACAGAGACGGUGACCAGUGUGCUUAGGACGAUCAAACAGAUUCUGGACGAGGCUGAGCACAUGCACCCGGGCGCCGCACCUGCAGCGGGCAAGACAUUGUCAGAGGAAAAGAGCAGGCUGCCGGCAUCUGAUACGUCCGCGUGGGCGGCCGCCGACAGGUCACGUUACGAGGACCUCAUCAAGGACCUUACCACCUCUAUCGACAUACUUUAUGACCUCUCUAGAAGUCGACGCGCCCAGCGUACUCUUGCCCCAGACGUUAAGGUUAUUCCCGAGCCUCCAAGACCCUCUACUUCGGCUCCCGUCUUCUUGAAACCUGAAUACAGUGCCUCAGACCUUACGCUUGUCAACCCAGCAACAUUUCCGCUGAACAUACAUGCGCUGCAUAUCGGGUCCCGUCCACACUUCCCACCAAAGUUACAUUCAUCAGAUCUUGUCCUUCCGGAAGAGGAACCACCACCCUACGAAAGUGUUGGUGCUUCAUCCAUCCGCGUAAUAGGUCGAUUGCGCUCUAGACACAGUUCGACAAACCCCUGGAAGACCGAUGGGUCACGCCUCGUCGAGCAGCCUGUUUUGGUCGAGUAUGCCACGUUCGACCCUACAUAUCGCUACACCGAGGUUUCUCCUCCCACAGAUCGUCUGGACACACUCCUGUCCAUACUUACCAAGCUUUCGAACGAUAAGCCUCGUCUAGCUACUCUUAAAUGCUUGGGAUACUUCGAAGAUCUUAGGCAGCCACGUUUCGGUCUAGUAUUCGAACUUCCGCCAUUAACGUAUUCCGGUGCAUCUGACGCACACAAACCAAUAGACGAGCUGCGACCUGUCACUCUCCUCAGUGUACUUCAAACAGGGUCAAAGUCGCUCAACAACUCCAACAGUGCUACGCCUCCCCUCGAGGAUCGUUUUCGCCUUGCGUACUCUCUUGCGAUUACAUUCAACGAGAUCCACAGUGACAACUUCGUUCACAAGGACCUCAAUAGCAGCAACAUCUUGGUCUUCCGAAAGAACAGACGGCAAUCGACAAACACAAGGGCGCUGCAGUACACCCUUCGUUCUCCAGUUGUCUGCUCUUUCGAUCUUUUCUCCGAGUACGACAUCGAGCCCACCACUACGAUGCCGACCCUUAACAUUUACCGUCAUCCGGAGGAUCCCAAGUUCACGGGACUCAAAGAAAGACCCCAUGGCCCCCAGUUUGACCUGUAUAGUCUUGGCUUGGUCCUCCUGGAAAUCGGUCUGUGGCAGCCGCUCGCUGAUUUGUGGAAGCCAAAAUACACACUAUCCGACUUCAAGCAGCGAGUUGAAGAUGUAUACAUCCGUCGCUUAGCAUCAAAGUGCGGAACUGCAUACAUGCAGGUCGUGCGCGACUGCUUCUGGGCUGUUGACCGUGUCGAGAAUGGUCCCGAUGGCCUUCAGGACUUCACACAACUCUACAACCGCCUCAUAAUCAGACUGCAGAGAUGUUGCAUGCUUGAUGAGUCUGAGCCGGGCUUUGACGUUCAUGAUGCACGACCAGGGCCUACGCCACUGACAGGACCAACACAUCUCAAGCGGAAGAGCGUUAGCCAACCUCACGUUUUAGAGACACCGACUAGUCCUUCUUAUAGGAGUGCGAAGCGCUGGGCACUUGAGAAGGGCUCCCAGGCACUUGAACGGACAAAGUCGUUGACUAAGUCUGGUACCAAGAAAUCGCCAGACCCCAACACCCUGUCGCGUAACCCAUCACAACGCUCGCAGCACUCCAUUCGCAAAUCGAUCUCGGAGACCAUGGGUUUCACCAGCCCUAGAGAAGAGUCGAUGGAAUCAAUGGACUGGGAGCAGCAAGACCAAAGGUCACUCGAGACCUCCGGAACUCUGGUUGCCACUCCACACAGUUCACAAGAUCGAGGUGACGUUACCUCUCUGUACAGAGAACAAAUCACCACCGCUGCAUCGAUUAUCCAGCGCGCUUGGCGGGCUUCACGUUCACAGCCGUCGACUACCACACCCUUUGACGACUACAAGGAGAAGAUCACGAUUAUCCAAACAGCCUGGAGACAAAGAGCGCAGAAGCGGACCCACUCUGUAGAAGCUCUGUUCACCGAUGGAAUGCGACAUUGGCCUCAAGCGACCCUUGGGUACCCAACGCCCGAACCCGAGGUGCAGAAUACUGGUGUAGUGGCGCAAAACGAUAGGUGCAUCACGUCUUCCAUCCAGAUCCAGACUGACAUUGAGCCACUGCCUCGCGCAAAGCUGCGACUGCAUCCAGUGAUGUUCACAACUACCAUCGUUGACGAAUGGCAUAACACCAUGUUGCCCAGGCUCGAGCGUCUCAUUGAGCGAGCUCUAAAAGAUUCGGACGAAACUGUCAGCAUUGAUCUUGUCGCUAUUGGCGAGACUCAGGAGAAGGCCCGUCCUACCAUCUUCAUUACAUGCAGCAGUAUUGCCAAGAUCAAGGCCAUUCUUUCGCGUCGCUUCCGCUACGACGACAAUGUAUUCGAUCUCAAGGUCCGCCGCGGCAAGGUUCGACGAUCUAAAAUGAGUCGAUCUUCUGGUCGUGUGCGUCCACCCCAUCGAUCCAUGAUGAAUACUGAGAACUACAACGGAGACAUGGCUGUCAUGAACCCUUACCAUCAGCAGCGACCAUUGUGCGGCGCAUCUAUUGGUGCUUUCAAUGGCAAGCAGCAUCUACCUCCGGUCUCAUAUGGUGGGCUCGUGUUGGUCGAUGAUGAGCCAUUGGGAAUGAGUGUACACCAUCUACUCGAUGCGCCAUCAGACGACGAAAGUGAGGAUGACGAAGAGGUAGCCAGCCCCUACCCGUACGAUGCGGUUUUGUCGAGCGCAGCCUCUAACGGCAAUCCUUGGUUGAUGGGCAUGGGCGCUCAGCCCGGUCUCGAGCUUUCGGAUGACGCACCAGUACCUGCGUGGGACCUCGAGCUCUCCGAAGAUGAAGAAACUGGGAGUGAAGAUGAUGAUGAAGCCGAGUCUUUCAACUUUUCUGGCUCAGAGUUUGACUCCGAUGACGAGUCUGACCAGGAGGCCAUGACGGAUUCGACGAUGUCGCGCAUUACUGUCGGUGAUAUUGAAGGCAUUGAGCCUGGCGAAGGCGAGGAUAUCAAAGUCACCCAGCCAGCCAUUGACGAUGUCGAUGAAGACUUCUUCCCGAACGAGGAGGAUAAGGACGAGGACCACCUCGAUUCUCAUGAGCUUGGCCACGUCCACGCAUCAUCCGGUAUCCGUCGCUGGAAACGAGAUGGGGUUCUGCACGAGAUUGAUUGGGCUCUGCUGAAGCUCAACGAUGAUCGAAUGCAGCCCUACAAUGUCUGCCAGGGCGGUCGACGCUUUGCAUUUGGCUCGAUGAAGCCAGAUCAACGCGAGAUUUCCAGCAAGCUCGAGGAGCCUCUGAACAGACGCCAUUACAACCCCAGCGAAGAUGAGUACCCAAACGGCGUCGCGGCCGCUGAUUCCCUCGGCGGCCUCAGCGUGCACUGCUUCGGCCGUACCACCGGUCUGCAGGGCGGCAUGAUCGGACAAGCGAUGAGUUCCGUGCGCAUCUACCGCCGCAAGUCGUUCUCCCGCAGCUGGCACGUUGCUGGUGGGUUUGGCGUAGGUGGCGACUCCGGAGCAUGGGUAAUUCAAAAUAACUCACACCGCGUCGUGGGACACGUCCUCGCCUGGUGCCAAAGAAAUCACAUCGCAUACAUCUGUCCCAUGGAAGUCUUGCUAGAAGAUAUCAAAAGGACGUUGGGUGCAAAGCGCAUCUAUCUGCCAGGCUCGGACGAGCAGAGAGCUUUCGUCAGACAACAGCAGCAAGGGCAGAAGAAGGCUAUCAGGGACUGCAGCGCAAUCGGACAACUCGAGUCCGCUGUCCAAGGCUUGGGCAUUGUGGACAGUCAUGACUCGGCGGUCGACAUGCGAUCGGCAUUCGGUUCCAGCUCUUCGGCCAGGCGUAGGCUUGAUCUGAGCCCGCUGAAUACUAGCAGCAGUAGCGAGAGCGACAAAGAGAACAGGCUUGUUCUCAAAGGGAAGGCGAUUAGAGUCGAUGGAGGGAGGGAGACGAUGGUGCAGAUGGCCAUUAGGCCGUAAGCGACAUGUUGUUCGAUAGGACGGAGGCGUUUUGGGAGGAAGAUACCCUACUUUGGAUUUGGAUUGAUAUCACCAUGUGUGCAAGAAUGAUGAUG